AUAGCAGUGGAAAACCUGACUGCAGCGAGUGUGGCUUGCCUGCAUGUACUUACACAACGACUUGUGGUCAUCAGAAGAGGACGCGUAAGAAUAUAAUUGUGUCUGCUUACACAGGUCACCAUGCCCAACUGCCCCAAGUGCCAGAAACCAGUAUACUUCGCGGAGAGGAAGACGUCGUUGGGGAAGGACUGGCACAGCGCCUGUCUUCGCUGUGAGAAGUGCAACAAGACGCUGACACCCGGGGGUCACGCGGAGCACGACGGCAAGCCGUACUGUCACCAGCCCUGCUACUCCGCACUCUACGGGCCUGGAGGCUUUGGGCGCGGCGGAGCGGAGAGUUACGUGUACAAGAAGUAGAUCAGCACAAGAACUACUUCUGCAUUUCUAACCCCUGUUGAAUUUCCACCUUCUUACACAACAAAGAAACCAAAACAUAUUAGUCUGAGGCAGAUUUUCAAGGUCUCCGUUGGAACUUUUUUAAAAAUUUUUAACUGUUCUGAAAUGAGUUUGUGGAAGUGAACACCAGCCUUUUAAUCAUAAAUCAUUAAUCAACAUGUUGAAGAAGUUUCUUCAUAGAUCUACAAACAAUGUUAAGGCUGUCCAUUAAAAUAAGUUGGAUUUUCCGAAUAUGUAUUUUCAAAUGUUUCCCUCUUCUGAGGUGAAUUUGUUACGUCGAAUGCCAUGCUUGUAAACAUAAAUUAUUAUGAAACAUAUUAAAUAACAGAAAUUUUGGCCUGAGGAUAAUUUUCAAGCUAAAAUUUAAAAACAUUUUAAACUCUAGACUAUAUUUCAAAAUAUUUAAAUGUACGGAGGUGUGUGUGUGUGAUAGUGAAAACUAACCUUAUAACCACAAAUCAGUACUCAGUUGCUGAAGAAACUGUUCUUGGAUCUACAAGAGAAUUUAAAUAGACAUUCUGACAUCCAGUAUUUUUAAAUUGUGAACUGCUUUCAGACUAAUUUAUCCCUGUUGUGUUCACAUACGAGUAUUUUACACGAUGAAACAUACCAGUGUAACAUCUCAGUGGUAUGGGACAUUUAAUCAUUAUGGUCCAUGGACCAUUAAUUGUACAGACUUUAUACUGAAUUUUGAGGCAUACGUUUAAAAAAUCCCCCCAAACAGUUAUGUGACAAGGUUCAUAACUGAUGUUCUUUUUAGUUAUGUAUAAAACAAUAAAACAUAUUUUUAACUAAACUUA